CGCGAAGGGAUGUCUGCGCCCCCGCGGCGGCCGCGCCCGGAACUAGGGAAGCUGGAAAGGGGAGGUGCCGCCUGGCGGGUAGAGGGGGCACCUUUUGGACUGUGGAGAGCGGGGUGGCGGGGCCGCAGGAGUCGCGGGGAACGGGGCCCGGGGCGCGGCGAGGGAGCCCGGGAGCGCGCGGGAGGGGGCCCCUGGAGUUGCGUCUCUCCCGAACGCCGGCAGAGCUGCGCCCGCGGCUGGGUCUCGGGAGCGGCGCUAUCGGCGGUUCCGCCGAGUCCUCGGAUGCCCUCUGGAGCUCCUGUCCGAGGGAGCCGGUCUCGUGCCCGCGCCGCGCGCGCCCCCCCGGGAUGGGCCCCUGGCAGGGCCUCUGUCGAGCGCUUCCGCCCCCCCGGAAGUUGUCUCUGCGGUCCCCGGGCCCCUCCGGGGAGGAGAGGGCUUAGUGGAGGGAUAGAUGUUGGGGGUCUUUUGUGCGCACCCACGCGUCCGGGGCGCUCGCUCCUGGGAGGGCAGCGGCAGCACAAAGCAGGCUGGACUCGUGGGACGCUGCUCCGGAGGCGGCGGUCCCCAAUCCCGCCUAGGCUGGGGGCGGCGCCGCAAGGUUUUGGAGAGAGUAGAGAAAUCGGCAAAACAGUGACCGGGACUUGAUGAGGUGGCGGACAGGGGCGAUGGAAAGAAGGAUGCUCGCGAACGCAGCGCUGGUGUGUCUCUUUGGGCGCGUGACUGGGCGCCCCGCGUUCCCACAUAACCGGGUUUACCUAGUAUAUUUUGCUUGUGUUCCACGGUGCUAUGCUAUGCCUUCUCGUUUUUCUUUCUUUCUGAGGGAUUACCGUUGCCAGUGGAGGCUCUACAACCAGAGGAUAACUUAGGGGCGUGGGAGACUGCAGAGGAGUCCGGGGAGGUCGUUGUUUGUCCCGCGGAGACGAUUAGGAAGCGUUACGCCCCUCGGCGGCCCGCCAGCCCGCCACACCUCCGCCGCCUUCCUCCACCUCCCCCCAGUGCACCCACGCCACCACCGCUGCUCUGCCCGGGAGGUCGUUUGGGUUUCUCUGCUGCGCCUAUCUAACCCUUACUGCAUGUAUUUCACUGCAGGCUGAACAAAGCUCAGGCUCAGUUGUGCUUCCUGCUUGUCAGCCUCUUGCCUCCCAAACGCGUACCAUUUCCACUUGAUGUCAUCACGCAGAAGGGGGUGAAAGGGACUCGGUGACAGAUUCAGAAAUGAACACGCCCGAGUAUGCUAGAUGCCUGUGAACUCCCCGAUCCCCCGGCGGCUUUGGAGAGACUGCAAGAAAGAAGGUGGCGGAGUGGUGGACUCUGAGAACAAGCUCCUCCCCCUCGGCCUUGGCCUUCCUGCCCACAGUCCACCAUGGAGACGCUCUCCCAAGAGUCUUUGCUGGAAUGUCAGAUCUGCUUCAAUUACUACAGCCCCCGGCGAAGGCCCAAGUUGCUGGACUGCAAACACACGUGCUGCUCGGUGUGCCUUCAGCAGAUGAGGACGAGCCAGAAGGACGUGAGGUGCCCCUGGUGCCGGGGCAUCACCAAGCUGCCCCCGGGCUUCUCCGUGUCCCAGCUCCCGGACGACCCCGACGUCCUUGCCGUCAUCGCCAUCCCGCACGCCUCCGAGCACACCCCAGUCUUCAUCAAACUUCCGAGCAAUGGGUGCUACAUGCUGCCCCUGCCCAUCUCCAAGGAGCGAGCGCUGCUGCCCGGAGACAUGGGCUGCCGUCUGCUGCCCGGGAGCCAGCAGAAGUCCGUCACCGUGGUGACCAUCCCGGCAGAGCAGCAGCCUCUGCAGGGCGGGGCUCCGCCCGAGGCGGUGGAGGAGGAGCCAGACAGGCGGGGCGUGGUGAAAAGCUCCACCUGGUCUGGGGUGUGCACUGUGAUCUUGGUGGCCUGCGUCCUGGUCUUCCUUCUCGGCAUCGUGCUCCACAACAUGUCCUGCAUUUCUAAGCGCUUCACUGUGAUAUCCUGUGGCUGAAGAGGGCUGCGGGGAAGUCUCUUGUGGGUGCCAACUAGCGGUUGAGCAGGUGUUGGUGAUGGAUCGCGGUGAGGAGAUGGGGGGCCACGCUGAUCAUUGGGUGCCGAGUGCUGGCCUCUGGGCUGCCACUUGAUUAACCCAAGACAGACACGAAGGGCAGAAUGUGAGGUGUCAGCAAGAUACCAGGCAGAGCGCUCUGAUUAUUGGUGGCAACAGCUUCCAAGACGAUCGCAUGCAUCCUCAUAAUCAUGUAUUAAAUGGACUGUAAUUUAUGAUUUCUCAAAAUCAUGUUGCCAGGUAGACCUAUUCUACUUAGAUGUUAAACUGUGGAAGUGCAUACAAUGUGAUCUUCUCUAAAUGUGGUAGAUUAAAACAAAGAUGCUAUGUAUACAAGUAGAAUUAAAUCUGAAAAUCCAUGUAAAAAUUCAGUGAUGACAUGCAGUGCUGGUUUCUUUCCUUUUUUAAAAAAUGAAACCCAGUCUUCAUUUAGUUGCUAAGGCCUUUUAUACUUUUUGAAUGGCACCCAAAUUAAAAUAAGUUAAGUGGACAGUUGUUUUUUCAGGAAGAUAUUUGAACAAGUGUUUCCAGUGUGUUGUGUUUUGUCACGUACCUCCAUUUUUCUUCCCUUGUAAUUAGAGCUCGCUAUGUGUUUAUUAAACUGAAAGCCCAACAGGGGAGCAAUAAACUGAGUAAUAAUGAGAAAUGCCUAAUCCCACAGGAAACCUACAUGCCAAUUUUUCUCAAGCCAUCUCACAAAAUAAGAAUUUUAAAUGUAAAUAUUGUGUAUUUGUGUGUGGGGGGGUUGUGGGUGUGGGUGUAAUUUGAUUUACCUCAGGUUUUGAAUCUUUUCAGAAGAAUCCCGGGAGUAAGACUUUGUGGGCAUGAAUGAGUCCGGGGUCUGAAAUGAUGGCCACCUCAAGGGCACCGGUACCCACCCAGCGAGGUGUCACAGACACGUCACUUCCAAACUUGCUCCUCUUCUAUGUAUUCAAGUCCUGUAUUCUGUAAGGCACUAAGGGAGAGUAACAGAAGAUUCUGUCUUUGCUCCCAGUUUUGAUGUAUUGUAACAGCCAUGAGUGUUGGUAAACAAUAACAAACUUGGACUGGCAUUUUAAGACAGUCCAUGAUUAUUUUUUGAAAGAGAUUGUUCCAUGAGAGUUAAAUCAUUUUGAAUUCCAGUUUCCUCUUGUUGGUAUAAGUGAGACUAUCUCUUGUAUUUCAAAAUGUGUUUUCAUUGAGAAGAAUGGCAAGGUGAACUAGCAACUCACAUUCCUAGAUUAAGUGGACCAAUUCUUCAUAAAUUCUCAGACGUUCUUAAAUGUGUAAUGACCUACAGAUGCUCAUGAAGAAAGAUCUGCUGGUCUUAAAUGAUAAAUUUCUAUCCCUGAAUGUGUGCGUUCAGACAUAGCUGUGAGCUUUACAGUUCUCUUCUAGUUUCUCUUACGGAAUUCAUGAAGCAAGUGGUAUGUGCCAAGGUCCCCACUCAUAAAUAUGUCUGUUUAUGUUCCAUUGAAUCCCUGAAAAUAGGGGACAGAAAAAUAAGCAGUGACUGGCUCCAAAAAGUAAGGCUAGAAAAAGCCAAGACUGAGAUAAUUUAAUUUACUUAUAUGCUAACUGUUACCUUCAAGCAGCACAAAAUAUGCACAUUAAAGUGAUGGAAUUAAUGAGAUAAAACGACAAUAUAAUGAACAGAAUCCCAAGCUAACCCUGUUCAUUGACAUGAGAAUUUGAUAUAAAAAUAUGAACAUGGGUUUUUCAAAUCUUUCCAAUUUGUCAUUAGACCUUUAGGAAAUGUAUUUGAAAGCUCAAACUAGAAAUUAGGUUAAAAUGCCAUUUCAUUGUGUAAGCUAUUGGGCAUUAUACAACAAAUAAUCUAGGAUUUAUUUGGUAUUAAUAAUUUAGGUAUCACAUUAGCUGAAUGCUAUCCUCUAUUAUGUAACCUAAUAUACUGUUGGGUUAGUUUCAAUUUCUCAAACUCUCCCAGGCUGCCUUGAUGCAUGUCUGACCUAAUUUCUAUUCCUCUUGGGAAAAAAACCCCACAGAAAUGUUACAUUAAGAAUUCUACAUUUCAAAUGGAUGUUACCCUUGCAAUAUUAAGUCAUGCCAUUUUCAAAUUAAUUUUGUGAAUGAUGUCUACGUAUGUUUAUGUCCGGUAUGAAAUGACCAGCCCUGGAGUGUAGUGUGUGAUAGAAUUCUACAUGGUCUGUAGGUUAUAUAUAGACACUAACAUAUGUGAUGAUACAGUGCCCUGUGUUUCUUAGUGCAAAGCUGUAGAUUACAAAUGUCCAUGUACCUUUUACUUAAAAACAACCCUGUGCUAGAGCUGCAAUUAAGCAGUGCAAAAUUAAUCGGCUCUAUGAUAGAUUCUUGACGUUACAAUUUAAGGUACAAUAACAACCAAAAUCAGAAUUUUUCGUGUGAGUCUUACUGAUGUAAGAACAAUUGUUUAUGUGGAUUCUGCCUGCAGUUAUUUAUUUGUGUACCUGCUUAUCAGGGUGUGCAAUCCUGUGCGUGCACGCGUGUGUGCGUGCACAUGUCUAUGUGAUGUCUCAGCCUGCCAGAUAGGAUUUUUAUAGGCUUAAUGAUGUUUAAUGUUAUUUGGCAUCCCAUUGCUCUGGCCUCUUUGGCAUUUACCCACGACACUAACAACUCAUCUACCCCAUGUGACUCAAGUCCAGUGACACAGUCAGCCAGAAUUCACAGUUGCACAUCAAUGAAAUAACUCACAACUGAAAGCACAGAAAGCUGAAAGCAACCUCUGGUGGCUUCAUUUUGUAGAUGAGUCUGCUGGGGUCCCCAGAGGUGCGAGCCCGUUUGUCAUUCUGCAGCAAAAGGGGACCAGAACUUUGUACUGCCGUUUCCUCUUGCUGCUUCCUAGACCUGUCGAUCUCUCUGUUGGUCUAUGAUCCUUUUCAGGGAGGAUCAAUACCCUUUACUAACUCAACUAUUAAGUUUUUUGUCUUUGUAGAUUUAUAUAUUCACUUUAGUUAGCAUCUACCUCUCCGGGAAAUGAAAGGAGUGUUGAUUUAGCGAUGAGUAUAGACAGUUAAAGAGAACCAUGUGAUUUGAAUUUUUUUAAUUGCAAAACAUUGGUUCCCCCCUCCCACUUGAGCUAUAAAGGACAGUGAGUGUUGUGUAAAUAGUAAACUAUAAGAAGCAUGAAUUUUCAUCUUUAUUAAUGAUCUUGACAUAAGCAAGAGAAUGCUGAAUAUGCUAAGUAGAGCCAAGUAUGCUAUCAAAAAGCAUUGUCUUUGGAACAUUUUUGUAUAAUGACCUGGGGCAUAAGUUGUGAAAAGGCAAAUGGGUUCUCAUUUCCAGUCAUACUUUAUGAUCAGAAAGCUAUAAGGCAUUUCCUUUAGGAAUAUAAUUCAGUUUAAUCUUGCACAUGACUUGAGUGGGUCCCUUGAAGGUUAAAACCAUGUGCUGGUGCAACCUUGGGAUCUUCUAGAUUGACGCUGUUCUAUAGAACUUUCUGUGAUGAUGGAAAUGUUAUAUAACUUACGCUGUCCAAUACAGUAGCCACAUUGGGUGUUGGGCAACUGAAAUGGGAUUAGUCUGAGUGAGGAACUGGAUUUUGUAUUUUAUUUAAUUUAAAGUUAUUUAAAUAGAUGCCACUCACAUGUGGCUGGUGGCCAUUAUAUUGGACAGUGCACUUCUGGAGGGUUGUGCAAUGGAAUCUAGCAUCAAAAUAUUAAUGGAGUAAGCAGAGUAAGGCGAAGAAGACAGUUUUUGGUUUAGUAACAUGCAGUUGGCUUAAAAAAUAUAUGAUCGCAAGUAUGACAGUAAAAAUGCAUCAAUUGCUCUUCAGCGUUAUUACUUAGAUACUCUGGGCCAAGGAAUAAUCAGUGAAGCUUAAAGAGUGCUCGAUAAAGCCCCCUUUUCUGGGAUCAUUAGCUGCAUGUGAAUCUAUUGUCCAAAAAUAGUAGUUAGACAGUAGCUCUAAAACGUUUGACUUGCAUGACCUGUACUGUGAAAUUGUGUUUAGGGUCUUGUGACCAAAAAGUAAAUGUUACAGAAAAAAAAAAAAAGCCUAAUGAAAUCCCUCUUUCAGGGUCUUACCCAAACGCCAUCAUUACAUUAGUAAGGUAUGAAAUAAAAGAGCAAGCAUGUUUUGCAGUGUUCACGGGGAGUGUUUUUGUUUGCCUUUGAAGUCUGCCAGCUCGUCAUCGUAUUUGAGAUGGGCAUAGGUGGGCAUCAUUUUUCAGAUGCCAGACAAAAACAUAGGUACAAUUUUUAGAGUGAGAUUUGACAUUGUUUUCGUCCUGUUUGGUUUUUUUAGUUAUCACUGAAAGAAUCGAAGAUUUGAAGCCUUGCACAAAGACACUUUGUUUUACAUUAAAAAAAAAUUGCCCAUGGAAUUUAAAGCCUUGAAGGUUAUUAAAGUUACUAAAAUUGCUUUUUAAGUGAAUAAAGGGAAGUAGAAAAUUCAAAUUGAGAUGUAUUUUCAUAGAAAGAUCAGACUCUUCCUGAUAGUACAGUAUUUAUUCCAGUCUAGAUUUGGUUUUAUAGAGUUCUCAUAGUUUUAUUUGAAAAGCUAUGCUGUGUCUAAAUUGGUUAGUCUGCUUUUCAUUGUCCAAAAAUACUGUAAACCAAAUGCAUUUGCUUCAAUUUAACAGAAUUGGGUUGAUUUUUUUUUUUUUUAUAGAGAACUCAUCAAUGGGCAGGACUCUUUAGUUCAUCCUUGAAAAUGAUUAAAAAUUUUUUUGCCCAAUGAUAGUUUUUCUUUAGACUUAUGAGGAAAUUAGAGGUCCAAAGGUUAUUGGGAUGAGAGGAGUGAUAUGCCAAUGGUUUGAAUUACUAUCUUCUCUUAGAAAAAUGAUGCUGCCAACUGGUCAGCAUUUUCACACAAGUGUCAUCAGUCAGUCAAUCUGUCAUCCUUGACCUAGAAGGAGAAGCUGUUCCUUACCAUUUCCACAAUUCUCAGUAAAACAUUGCCCACAAAGUAAUCCUUACUGAAAGAGAAACUCCAAAGAAUGAGUGAAGAUAAUUCAGCAACUGUUUUGAAAGUGGUAGUCUAUUUCAAAAGUGAUGACAAGUUGCUGAAGUUUGUUAAACAUGAAAGUCUUCUAAAAAAAUAAGUGGAAAUUCAAGCCAUUGAUUUUCCUGACACAAUUGAUUCACUGUAUAUAGAUAUAAAUAUAUAUGUAGACACACGAUUUAGCUAUAACUGAAGCUACAAAGAUCAAGUAAAAUGUUUUCCAAUGUGGGUUAUAUAAUGGUGAAUUUAGAUGUUAAUUUCUCAACAAGUGUUAUAGGCUGCACCCGUUUUGUCAAACCCAGCUAUCUUUGGGAGUGUCUAUAUAACUAAGCUCUUGAGACUUUUCAAAUAUAUGAAGAGGUGGGUUCUACCAUAUACAUUUUGUUGGAAAGCCAUUGAUCAUUAAAGAAUAUUAGUGGGUGGGGCAUUUAAUCUCUGUCUUCCAAAUGACUUAUGUUUGGGCUCUGCUCAAGUUGGCGAGGGCAGAGCACCACUAUUGAACUCUUGCAAUAUGGCUCUGAGUUUUCUGCACAAGUUUCCUUGCACAGUCGGGCCAAUUAUUUUUUUU